UCUGUCAGCGUGGGAUGGAAAUGUCACUAGCUCCCAUGAGUUACAGUUAAUUUGCAAAAGUGCACGGUGAGGCUGUCCCACCGCGUCUCUAGCCCAAUUAUGUGAAGUUAUUAAUAUCUACGAUAAAGGUGCUGCAAACUUAUUAGGAGGCAUAUGCCAAUUUCUGGGCAGUUCACUCCAAAACACAACUGAGCUGUCACCGCGAACGUCGCUGCUGCAAAGACCAUGCAGCUGCUCUGGCUCCAGACUCACCUGCCUUGCGCUGUCCCAAGCAGAGACUGCUGAACCUGACCGUGUGAAGAACCAUGCUGUCUGGCUCCUGGCGUCGGUCUGUGGGGCCGACACAACCUGCGACGGCACCCGUGGUGAACCCCAGCGCGAUGACUGUGUGUGGCGUUCCCAGCGGUACUGUGGUUCUUGAGGCUCAGUAUGACUACAGCUACCGUGGGUCAGAUGGACGACAAGUUUGCAUAAGAGAAGGCGAAAGGUUUAUUCUCCUGAAGAAGACAAAUACAGAUUGGUGGCAGGUGCGAAGGAUUGGUGCAGCCAGCAAAACAAAGCCAUUGUAUGUCCCUGCUACAUAUGUGACUGAGGUACCUAUCACACCAAUGCCUUCGCCCCAACGCCUUGUCUCGUCCGUCUCCCUGCACUCCAACAUGAGGAUGCUACCCCGAGUUUCACUCUCUCCCAGCUUCACUGGAACUGGCAGUAAUGAACAGAGUCAAGUCAACAAACCCAUGUAUAGGUCCAUGGAAAACCUUAACUCUUAUAGCAGUGCCUUCCAGAGGUCUGACAGGAACCCCAGGAUGAGGGAAAACCAUUUCCCCACCCUGCCUUUGUCUGGACUCACCUGUACAUCCAUAUCUUCCACCUCCCAGUCAGGUCACCUCAUAAUCCCAAGGUCUCCUGCAGCUUCCAUGACUCAAACAAACUCAUCAAAUCCCAGGGUGGUCCCUACAAUCACCCGGAGUCAGAGCUCCAACAACCUGCCGGAUAACCUGAACGAGAACCCGUAUGACGAGGUGGGGGGAAGCCUUGGCAGUCGCAUCAACCUUAAGGCUCCUAAGAAGUCUUGCAGCCAGUGGGACAUGGUGGGGGCUUCAGGCAGGAAAAACCAUCUGCAGGUUCCUUCUGAGGCCUAUAUGUCCCAGCUAUCCUGGCAGGACUCCCCUAUUUAUGCUGAAAUGCAGCCAGAGAAGCAUCUGUCCCAGCAGGAGCCACCCAUCCCGGCUCUGGGCCAGCAGCCUCUGCAGAUCAUGGACCUAUGGGAACAGUAUUCUGAUGCUGCCACGGGUAGAUGCUAUUAUGUCAAUAGCAUUACCAAGGAGAGGUCAUGGAAACCCCCUCGACGGGCUCGCUCUCAGUGGACCGAUAAGAGUCCAACACAGCAGGGCAGUCCAGUACAGGCUCAGAUGUUACCCCGGGACACCAGCCAUCUGUCACUACCGCUCUCCAAGACUGGCAAUGGAACGAUGCACAAGCUAUCUCCUGAUUAUAUCUUCGGCAGUCACCAGAGAAAUACUGACAAUAGCUGGCAGAUGAAACAGAGCAUCAAGCGAGCUGUCUCCUCCGACACCUUGAGCACAUCUGCGUUCACAAAGACAGAAGGACAGUGCCAUAACUAUGGAUCCCACCAGGAUUCCAAGCAGCAGCUCAGCCACUUGCAGUCUGCGAUCCUGCCUGAGAAUGAAACGCUGUGCAGAGAUUCCUCCUGCAAUGUGACCAACAUCAUCAUUGAAUCUCCUUCUCCACAGAGCUCUCCAGACAGUGACGGAUGCACGCCGGAGCUGGAAAAAGCAGGCCUCUUAAACAAGACAAAGAUUGCAGAAGGAGGCAGGAAACUGAGGAAAAACUGGAGUCCUUCCUGGGUGGUGUUAGUUGGAAACAGUCUGGUUUUCUUCAAGGAUCCAAAAUCUCAGACACCUUCUAGCUGGAAACCAGGAAACAGCCGUCCAGAGAGCAGUGUGGAUUUAAGAGGAGCGCAGCUGAACUGGGCCAAAGACUUAUCCAGCAAGAAAAAUGUCUUCAAGCUGCGGACAGUCACCGGCAAUGAGUUCCUGCUGCAGUCAGAGAUAGACUCUAUGAUCAGAGAGUGGUACAACACCAUCAAGAAUGUCAUCGACAGGCUGGAUCGGGAAAAUCCAUUAGAUAACAUCCUUCAGUACUCUUUGAGGAGAGCUGGUAGCGUGGAGAUGCUGGACCACAGUGGUGAUGAGGAUGAGAGGAGAAGUUCUCUCCCUCGCUCUGCGUCCAACCUGGAAAACACAGAGAAGAAAAGAGUGAAGACCCGGCUGAAGAAACUGAUCCUGAAGAGACCUCCUCUGCAGGCUCUGCAGGAGAAAGGACUCAUUAAAGAUCAGGUGUUUGGCUGCCGCCUGGAGAUGCUCUGCGAGAGAGAGAAGAGCACCGUCCCUCGCUUCGUCAGACUUUGCACGGAGGCCGUGGAGAAGAGAGGACUGGAUACUGAUGGCAUCUACAGAGUCUCGGGAAAUCUGGCUGUGAUUCAGAAACUUCGCUUUCUGGUGGACCACGAACGAGCGCUGACCACAGAUGGCCGUUUCAUGUUCCCAGCGGACCUGGUGCAAGAGGAGAAGUUGAAUUUGGACCAGAGCGAGUGGGAGGACAUCCAUGUCGUCACAGGGGCUUUGAAACUUUUCUUCCGCGAACUUCCCGAGCCACUCGUUCCCUACGGCUUCUUCACCGACAUCGUGGAGACAGUCAAGAUGAUGGACCACAUGGACAAAGUGGAUCGGCUGAAGUGUCUGGUGCUUAACAUGCCCCCUCCAAACCACGACACCCUGAAGUUCAUAUGCCUGCAUCUCAGACGAGUGCUGGAACGUUCAGACACCAACAGAAUGACCACCCAGAACAUUGGCAUUGUGUUCGGGCCGACCCUGAUGCGCCCGGAGUGUGAUAAUGGCAACAUGGCAGUGAACAUGAUUUAUCAGAACCAGGCGGUGGAGCUAAUCCUGAGCGAAUUCGACCACAUCUUCGGAACAAGAGGCCUCUCUUGAUCUUUUCAGACCAGGAGGUUGUGGCAGCUCAGUACGCUGCCCCCCGAAUCAGACUGAAGCAGAAGCAUUGCAGCAAUGGACUUUAGACUUACAUUGUUUAAGAUGGAUUUCACAUUAAAAGAUAAUUGCGGGGUAAAAAGAACCAGGACAUAAAGCUGCUAAUCAUGACAUCUGGCCUCCAUAAAAAGCCAUGUUAAAACAAUAAUAGUAAAACAAGCCAAUUUUAGCUGCAAUGCUUGUGCCUUUGAGCACAGAUGUGGAGUCCAGCCCCAGGGCAGCCCAGUGCUGGAAUAGACGCCUCCUAGUCACUUCUAGUUGAUGUUUCAGACUAGAUCAGAGUGAAUAAAAAGCCAUAAAACUGAUAAAUCUCCUCCAACCAGAAAGUCAUCAAGCAACAUGAGGAGGAACGUGUCUUAACGUUGCUCUGAAACAGAACGUAGCAGAACCAUCUCACUGUGAAAAGCACCAGCAUUUCUUGCAGAACAAACAGACAAGGCUCCACCCACAGCUUUAGUGUGGAUUUACUGCAAACUCGAAAAAUAUGCACCCAUACUAAGAUUAAUUUGUGUAUUGCUUAGAUGGAUGAGUUGAAGUUGUUUUGAGUGUUUCUAAAGAUUAAACUGUAAUUUUCAGUGAAUGGAUGAAUGUGCCAAUUGGGCCACAAAUGUUCCUUUUAGUAUUUUAGUGUGAACCUUCAGAGCUUUUCUUGUACAAAUAUAAAUCUGUUUUAUUAGUACAAAUUUUUUGUGUUAAGUUAAAUGUAAUUAGCUACAUUUCUGUCUUUAUCACCUAGAAAAACUUUAAGAAGAUUGUGUAAGCUCAACGUUCUUUGAAAGUAAAAUAUAACUAUUAAUAAGAUGAAGAGGUUUUUAUGUUUCUCCGUCCUGUCAUCAGCUCUCUUCCAAUAAAAACAUGUGAGCAAAUGUGAUCUGUUGUGAGAUUCGCUGAGGAUGUCCCUGCAAGGUUGUUUGUUGCGAGUGGCGAGUUUGCGGCCAGAAAUAGCAGAGGCGUGUGGAGGUAUGUGGACUUCGGAGACUCGGCAGGCAGAGUUGUCUCCUGUGAUUGGUGCGAAUGCUGCUUUUAAUAACAGAACAAAAGGGGAACUGGAAAUGCAUAUGUUUUGAAAAUGUGGAUUUUCCCCUUCAAACCCUCUCACUCUGUGGCUUGGGUAAUUUUAUAUUGGCUUUGGGUUUGGCAGAAGACAAAAAAAGCACUGAAAAGGAGGCACUGCAGGGGAGUUGGGGGUUAAGUUUUUAUUAGUAGUGUUUCUUCAUUUGUGUACUUGUGUUUGAAGUCGUGUGAGCUGAUUGAAAGAGGCUAAAACUGCAUUUGACUGAUGAGGAGUUGUCUUAGCUUUAUCCCUGUUAACUUGCGAGAUGUCCUUAAACUUGAUUGGCUCAAAUAUUUUCAUCUUAAACAGACAAACCGCUCCUAUUUAAUUCCAAGAUGUUUUCAUGGUUUAUACCAGAGUUUGUACGCACGCCCUUCAAUCAGAGGUGUCUUUUUUUCAUAAUUUUUGACAGUGCUGAACCAGAGCCUCCUUGCAUUAUAUUAGAGGUUUGCAUUCAGUUUAUUGUCUUAGCACUGAUGGAUCCAAUAUUUCAGCUGUAUGUGAUGUUCUUGCUCCAAACGUUCAGAUAGUGGGGUAUUUUCUGUCAAUAAACCAAAUGUAUAAAACAGUU